AUGAGUUUCGAAAAGUAUUUCUUGAAGAGUGCCCUCAUUCUCAAGUUGCCUAUAGCACCUACUAAUAUCCAAGCUUUGAUUGUUGUGUCCUUUUCACACGUAACGGGUGAUUCUGGACGAAGAUCUCAAAACAGAUACAUUGAGCAUCUACGAAGUGUUCGGUCGCUAUCUCCCGAGGAUGUCGCUGCAAUCAGCGAGAUAUUCACCCAGGCGGUGGAAUUGGCUUCGGGAGACUACUCUGCAGAAGCAUUUAAAUUCGUUGUGCGGUUGUGGCUCGCCGUUUUCAAGGAUCGCUGUGGAGGUUCCUCGUUAGAGAAAGAGUUACUCGAAUCGAGACCUCGCGUGGUGAAUCUUUGCAUCAAUAACCUCAGCUAUAAAACGUAUUUGGCUUGCACAGCACCGCUUCCAGGAAGCCAGUUCUGGGCAGACACGGUGGCGAGAACGCUUCAGUUCGAGGCGCUGAGUAAAGGCGAGCUUCGCUUCAGUAACGCCAACAUCAUUGCAUUUUUGAACGGAACCAGCGAUAUUCAGACAAAAAGGCGCAUGGUGGCCACGUUUCUUCGAAAAGCACUUCUAUAUUCACGACAUGGCCAUGACUUUUCCACAAUUCUUUCUGCGUUCAUUCAUUACACCGGCAUCAUUGGUGACGGGCACCUCUUACUCAUAGGGCCCGAACACUCUGUUUACCAAAAGGCGCUCAGCAUACUUAGUAGACCCAGGGGUAACGUGUCUGUGUUCUCGCAUAUCCACAUGAUCGAGGGCAUUGUCAUGAGGAGUGAAUACGCCAACAAGCAUAUUUUAUCGAAUUUGCUAUCUUCACUUGCAACAUACACUGCUACAACGAGACCGUCAGCCGCGCUAGAAUACUGGAAAUUCAAGACGCUGGAGUUGAAGUCAAGUAGUGACGAGUUUCUUACCCCGCAUGAUUUGCUGAUAGCAAUGUGGGCACUUUUUCGUCUUCAACAGUACGAAGAAUGCCUCGAGCUUCACCGAAAGUAUCCUUCGCUACACAAUGACCAGCAGAUUGACAUCUUUCUCAGAAUCAGUGAGAAGACAAAAGACUGGAAACACCUCCAGAAGCAAUUUGAAGACAUGUAUGGCCGUGGCGACUUGCCAUACGUGCAGCACUACGCCCUUGUAAUGAACGCUUUGGCCUCAAUAAAGGUGGUAAAGGAAGUUGAUGAACUCUUUGAGCAGCUCCAGCGUCGAAACUUGUCUCCUAGCUGUGAGGUGUACGGGGCAGUGAUCAAAAGCAAGUUGGCCACGCAUGACUUCGAUGGUGCGGAAGAAUGGUUCGAUAAACUCUUGAAAAGUUAUGAAGAAGGUAAAGUAACUCAAGGAAAUGUUGCUCGCGUGCAUGCUUUGGUAUUUGAUCUCCAUUUUCACACAAGCUCUCUUCCGAAGCUCAUGAAAGCACUACAUUCUGUGAUUGAAAGACAAAAGAGCUGCAGUGUGCCUUUGAUUGAUACUAAGCUAUACUGUAAUUUGAUUACUGCCGUGGGCUCCAACUAUGGCGUGAAGGAACUUGAGGAGAUAUGGGACAUUGCUGAGCGAUUUUCCAUGAAGACAGAGGAUGUUUAUGAAAAGAUGAUCAACGCGCUAACAAGGUUUGGAGACUACGAAAGAGCUGAUACGCUUUGUUUCGAAGCUCACAUGGAAUCUUCCGUUCCUUUCAACAGCUCCCUCAUAUACAAAGCGCAAUUGAAGAACCUUCGAAGUUGGCACAAUGCUACAACGGAUGGUGACUUGAAGACACAUCUAGCCAGAAAAGCUGUUUCAGUGUUGAGACGUCUUGACCAGGGUAAGGUUUCUCUCAAGGACCGCACAAAUUUGCUAGUGGAGGCAAUCAAAUUCGAAUUAUCAGUCAACAGGCGAAACACGGCAAGAUCGUAUUUGGAGCAAGCGAAAGCACUUGAAUCACUCAAUGAGGAACACUUUCUUCCAUUUCUUCGAUACCAUUGUCAGGCAAGAUCAUACAAAGGUGCCAGCACAGUGCUUGAGCUCUACAGAGAAAUGGCUGCAAACAAGAUCGAUAUCACUUCAAAAACAUACGUCUACUUAAUCAGAGCGUUGAUUGAGAUCGACAGAAGCAACGCAGCAAAGUACACAAACACGUAUAAGCUCUUAGAAUCUGUUUUUGAGCUCUACGGGUUGUCGAUGUUUGAGCAUAUCAAGCCAAUGAGAACCUCAGCCGAAGACAUUCAUUACCACGCUGAGAAUCUUCUCAAGAUUGUUUCUUUGUAUGUGACGGCGACAACUCACCAAAUGGAGGCCAACAUGGAUCUUGUCGUUCAUUUCCUUAACCAAAUGAAAGAUCGUCUCGGAAACAAAAUUCCUAUUCGGUUUAGGUUGGCCAUCUUCAAAGAGAUGGGCCACUUGUACCACUUGACCGGCGACAAUGUGACAGCGAAAAAGUUGGUGUUGAACGCUCUUGAUGAGCUUCUUGACGUUGCUGAUAAUUUUAGAAAGGGCGUCUCAAACGAGUCUGCAUUGGAACCACAGCUCCCGAAGCUUCUUCAGCUCGACAUAAGACAGGCAAUGGAGAUUUUAGUGCCAAUUUUGCGGGAGACGAAAGCGCUGCCUGAUGAAUACGAGCUGAUCACACAUUCGCUUCUUCAGCGUAAUGUUCAUCUCGCUGGACCGUUGUUUCGAACCCUUAUUGAACACAUCUUGAAGGGAGAGGUUGGUGAAUCCAAGAUCAAUGUCAUCCUUGAUAUCUGCGAGCGUUUCCUUGUUGCUAGCAACUGGACCGAAGUCAGCAUUGCCAAAAAACAGCAAUACAUCUACAAACUCUUCAUUCUCUGUCUUGCUAGACGCAUGCCUGAAGAACGAAUUUUCAAAACAUACAGUCUCCUCAACAAAUUUUACAACGUGAAGAGUAUUAAAACUCUUAAGAGUGAGCUCAGCAACGUGAAGUAUCCCCUUGGCAAAUUGGAGCAAUCUCUUGAUGAGUAUGGCGACCUCACGUCCUUUCGUUGGACGACCAACACGCUCUUUAAAGACCCCCACAAAUUCUUCGUGCCGGGAAGAAAUUUACCCACAAGAAACACGAUGGACCCACGAAUGACUGCCAAAAUCUAUUCCUUUUUGGGCAAAUACUGUGAAGACGACCGUAGCAAGGCGUUCAAAUUAUUUGACAAAUAUCCUGAAACGGUCGAAUAUUUGCUAUACUAUGGGCUGGCACGAACGAGACUCCAGACAUUUCGUAAUGAAAUUGACAAGAUCCAGCCACCCCUGGCUUCGUCAGCCAAUGAAGGCCGUAAAAAUAGAAGAUACAGAACACUCAGAGCAUUACGGCGGACCAUGAACAUCACGUCCCGUUAA